AUGAAUAGCUUUGAAAAUAUCUUUAGUUUCCUUGAACAAAUUAGCAAAAUAGAUGUAAAUUCAUUUUACAAAAAAGAAAAAGACUCUACUAAAAUUAAUAUAGAUAAAUUACUUGAUGUAAUUCAAGAACAUCAAUUUAUUUUCGAUGAUGAUCCCCAUUUACAAAAGACUUUAGAAGAUGAUGCAGAGAAUCCAGAAAAGUCAACAUUGGACAAGAUUGUAGACAUUAUUAGAAAGUUCGCCCCAAAGGAAAUAACUCUUCAAGAUGGCAUGACAGUUGCAGAGAUUUUAGGAACCUACCUCCAAACCAAAAAGACUAUUAUGAUGUCUAUUUCAACUCUGGUAGUUGUAGCCAAUAUUUUAGUUGUAUAUAAAUUGUCGCAGGACCAAAAAACGGAGGAUAAAGAGUUGAAUGGUUAUCAAGAAGAAGUGAAAGAGUUACAAAAUAGAACAGAAGAGUACAUUAAAGAGUAUCUUCAAAUUCCAAGUACAGAUAUCGAGCGUGAUAGAUUAAUCUUGAGGCUCUCAAACACCAUUAAUAGAUUGCAUACCAUACGUCUAAGAUUGUUACAAAUGAAGCAAAGGUCUAUCAUUACCAUUAAAUCUUUGGUUGUUUUGGGAGUUGCAAGUGUUGCACUCUCAGCAUAUAGUAUUUGGGGUACACCAUUGAAAUAUGUAGGAUCAUUAUAUGUUUGGGGACCUUCUCAUAGUGGUAAACUAAGUACUUUACUUCAAGUACUAACCGAUCAUAAUGCAGUGUACAGUCAAAUCGAUGCAAAGACAAACUAUGACAAAACAACUCUAUUUCAAAAUCUAUUAUCAAAUCUAACAAUACCUAUUAAUAAUGUUAACAACAAUAAUGAUAAUAGUAGUAAUCAUCUAUUAGAAGCAGAUUUAAUUAGUUUACAUUAUAGAUAUAAACAAAAUUCAUUAAGAUUCAAUAUCACUCAGAGUAAUUGUCCUACUUUAGUUGAACUAUGCGAUCAUCUAGUAGAGAAACUUAGAUAUACUUUAAAACAACAACAACAACAACAACAACAACAGAGUCAGAAUAAUAACAUACAAGAAGAUAACAAUGAUAAACAAAAGCAACUACCUAUUAUAUAUAUAAUCAUUGAUUGUGCAGACUGUCUAGAACGUUCGAUACUUCAAAUGCUCCUAAAGAUACAAGAGUAUUCACAGCAUAGAAUAUCGGUCAUUCUCAUCAGUGAACUUCCAAUUGAAAAGGUUAUACCCAUACAAUUGAUACCUGGUUCAAGAUCACCUUUAACCAUUCAUUUUCCACAAUAUACACAAGAUGAACUUUCAACUAUUAUUAAAUAUCUUAGUAAGAAUGAAAGGAAUAUAGAUUUAGUAUUAUAUAAUAGGUUGACAGAGAUUGCUCUGGAGACUCUUUAUCAACAGAUAAGAGAUCUAGCACAUCUCUUACAUAUCUUAAAGAUUCUCUAUCCAAAGUAUAUCGAACCUCUGGAGUAUGGUGUAGAGAGAGACGAUAAUAUACAGCUGUAUAAUAGUAUACAACCGACAAUCACCUCAAUCAUCAAUAAUAUCUAUAAACAAACACAAAACGACAUUGUAGAUGCUACACAACUAGCGAUACAACAUGAUAUCUCAAUGAAAGAACUAGGUUUUUCAUUCAAUACAAAAUGUCUACUUAUCACUGGUUUCCUUGCAAGUACUUUCUCAAAGACCAAAGAUAAACUACUCUAUACAAAGGAAAACGUUAAAAGAGAUCCAAAUUAA